UCAGUCAUGGGGCUGCCGGUGCUUAUCCUCCUCAGCUGUUUGGUUGCUCUGCUCGGAGGGCUGUAUGUUCUCGGGGUUUUCCGAAAGCAGCGGCCAGGAGAGCCCCCUCUUGACAAAGGUCUAAUUCCUUGGCUGGGCCAUGUCCUGGAAUUUCGCAGGGACACUUUCAAGUUCCUCGAGAGGAUGAGGCAAAAGCAUGGGGAUGUUUUCACAGUGCAGCUUGGAGGAUUUUAUUUCACGUUCCUGCAGGACCCGUUCUCCUUCGGGGCUUUUGUCAAGGAGAGUCGAGAGAAGCUGGACUUCAAUAGUUUUGCAGAGCAGCUAGUUUACAGGGUCUUUGGUUACAAAGCUGUCGAGAAUGAUCACCAUGUCCUGCACAAUGCCAGCAACAAGCACUUGAAGGGGGAGGGACUGGAGGUAAUGACACAAGCCAUGAUGAGUAACUUGCAGAAUCUGAUGUUGCACAGUGUGGGCUCGGCCACAGAUCAGAGCCCCUGGAAGGAAGAUGGACUGUUCAUGUACAGCUACAACAUUGUUUUCAGAGCUGGUUUUUUGGCUUUAUUUGGAAAUGUGCCGCAUAAGUCCGAGGGAGGCGAGGAGAAAGCUAAAGAGAAGGACCGAACGCAUUCAGAAACUCUGUUUUAUGAAUUUCGUAAAUACGACCAACUCUUCCCCAACCUGGCAUAUGGAGUCCUUCCGCCGAAGCAGAAGUGGGAAGCUGACAGACUGCAGUCCUACUUCUGGGAUGCUGUGUCUGUGCAGAACAUGAAGGCCAAGGACAACAUCAGUCGCUGGGUUUGGGACAUGCAACAGGCCAAAGAAGAGGUGGGCAUGGAUGAGUCAAUGAUCAACAAGUACAUGUUUGUGCUUCUCUGGGCCUCUCAGGGAAACACUGGGCCCUCUUCGUUCUGGCUUCUCCUCUUCCUCCUGAAACACCCCGAGGCCAUGAAAGCAGUGAGGGAAGAAGUUGACAAAGUUUUAAAGGAGACAGGGCAGACAGUCACACGUGGUGGCCCCUUGGUAGACCUAACUCGUGAAAUGCUCAUGAAAACUCCUGUCCUGGACAGCGCCGUGGAGGAGACCCUCCGGCUCACAGCUGCACCCCUCCUCACCAGGGCUGUGCUCCAGGAUAUGACUCUCAAGAUGGCCGAUGGACGUCAAUACUUCAUCCGCAAAGGUGACAGGAUGUCGAUAUUCCCCUAUAGUGCGGUUCACCUUGACCCAGAGAUCCAUCCUGACCCGCACGCAUUCAAAUACGAUCGAUUUCUGAACCCAGAUGGAAGCAGGAAAACUGAGUUCUACAAAGGCGGGAAGAAAGUAAAGUAUUAUAACAUGCCAUGGGGUGCAGGUGUCUCCAUGUGUCCUGGGAGAUUCUUUGCCACCAAUGAGCUGAAACAGUUUGUGUUCCUCAUGCUAGUGUAUUUUGAGUUUGAGCUGAAGAAUCCCAAUGAGGAGAUCCCUGAAAUUGACUUCAGACGUUGGGGCUUCGGAUCGAUGCAGCCCAUCAGAGAUGUUCAGUUUAGAUACAGACUCAGAUUUUAAAGAGCUCUUAUAAAGCAUGUAAUUAUUCUGGGAAUUCUGAUUUGACUAUUGCAUGAAUUAACAACCCUAGGCUAAUGGUAUUGGUACUCUGAAAAAGGUUGCAUGAGAUUGUAAUGAAAACACAACAUCUUUUGCUGUAAUAUCAAAUCCAUAAAUGUAUUCAAACAAUAGCUUAAUUUCCUGUUUUGUUCAUUUCUGUGCAUUUCAAUUUUUUUUAAAAGUAUAACUACAUCUAUUUCCCUAGAAACAGAACAGCAAAACAGAACAUUUUCUUCCAUAAACUAAAUUCCUUUAGUCUAUUUUCUAUCUAAAUGCAGUAUUGCAGUGAUAAUGGUAAAGUCUUUUGUUUUUGUUUUUUUUUGUUUUUCAACAUGUUGCUCUACGCUGCCACUUCUAAAAUGCCACAUUGUGAAAUGUAAGGAUUGAGCAACUUAAGCAGUAUACAACAGUUUUAAUGUAAUUUCAUCAUUUACCAUUAUUGAAAAGGAAAAUCUGUUUUAGGAUUUUUUUUAAUUCAGUAUUAUAUUUCUUUCACAUGAUCUACUGGACUGAAAAUGUGAUUUUCCUACUCCUGAAAUGAGAUGUAUUAAAGGAAACAUUUCACGC